AACAAAAAUAUUCGUCUCUAACAAAAAAGUUUACAAGGGUGAGUUUGUAAUAAGAGUAAAUAGUGAUCGCAUUUGUAUAGGCAUAACUUUUUAUAUAAAGACCUCAAAGUCUUACCAUUUGAACAGAAAAAAGCUCUCCACGCCUAAAAAAAAAGAAAAAAGAGACAGAAGAAGAAAAAGAUAAAGAAGAAUCAAACUUUGUAACCCUUUAGCAGCAAUGGCGAUGGCUUUCAAGAUGGCGACGACGGGGAUGCGUGUGACGGAUGAGUGUACGAGUUCAUUCAUGGACAUGAAAUGGAAGAAAGUUCAUAGAUACAUCGUUUUCAAGAUCGAAGAGAAGUCACGUAAAGUCACCGUCGAUAAAGUCGGCGGCGCCGGUGAAAGCUACCACGAUCUCGAAGAUUCUUUACCGGUGGAUGAUUGUCGCUACGCUGUCUUUGAUUUCGACUUUGUCACCGUCGAUAACUGCCGCAAGAGCAAGAUCUUCUUCAUUGCAUGGUUAGUCCAAUUUACCUUUAUACCCUUCUUAAUUCUAGUUGCAAGCAAGGGUAAAACAGUUAUUUGAUAAUAUUCGUGCGUCUUAGAAACGCCAUAUGCCCAUAUCCUUAAACAUUCGUAUUGGCUAAAGGGUAAAGUAGUAAUAUAUGUGUUGCCGGAGAUGUAGAGGAUUUGAUCUUCUAUUUAGUGUAGAAUUCCCUUGUAAAUUCAUUAUGGGCUAAAGGGCAAAAUGGUAAUUAUAGGUCACCGGAGGCAUCAAAGAUAAGGGCAAAGAUAUUGUACGCAACGUCGAAAGAUGGGCUGAGGAGAGUGUUGGAAGGGAUUCACUAUGAACUUCAAGCUACUGAUCCGACGGAGAUGGGUUUCGAUAUUAUCCAAGACCGUGCCAAAUAGAUUGAUCACUUAAGAGAAUAUGAUUUGACUCACUUUGUCAAUAAUUAACAUUAAUUAGGUCAUCGGUUAAUGUUUAAUUAUUGCUGGUUAGUGCUUACUCUUUUUUGAGUUUAUUAUCCUUGAUCAGUCUUACCGGCACUAUCCUUUAAUUAUGACGUUUGUGUUUUGAUUGUGUUGUUAAAAUAUUUUUUUGUCGGUUAAGCAAACAUAAAAAGCUACGAAUUUGUCCUACGAGUAACGGAUAUUAUACAUUUAUGAGAGAUUUUAUUUUAUAGGUCUUGUGGUCUUCUAUAUAAAUUUGUUGUGACUUAUUGUGAAAUAUUGGCCGUGUUUGAGAUACAUCGUGUAUAGAAAACAUCAUGGAUUUUUUAUUUUCUGGAAUUGGAAUUAUUGGGAUGUUGAAAGCUGAGAUUGACAAUAGUAGAGUUGGUAAGAAGAUAAAGUUCGGACAAUUACGUAUGAAGAAGAGAUUAGAUUUGUCCAUCUUUAACGACGUUGACAUUAGUCUUUUUUAAAGUCAACUUUUCUUUUUGUAGUCAAUUAAGUUGGGUCUAAUUUGCCUCCGUGUCGUGUUUAAGCAUUUAUGAGUUUUUUUCUGAACA